ACUUCUUUAUAUUAACCAUAAAGUGACUGGCAAUUUUUUGAUUCUCUGAUUCCCUUUGGUUAAAGGGAGUCAGAGAUCAAACUCAAGAACUUCAUUUACAUAAAAGUCACGUUUUAAUCACAUAAUAUUAAAUAGAUAUCAAGGCUAUAUACAUAUAUACGUUUAUAUUAGUUGUAGCCAUCUUCUUGGCUAUAUUGCAUAUAUAUACAUCUUCAAGAAAAGGAAAAAAGAAGAAUCAGAGCAACAACAUGCAGAAUCAUUGAUAAGCAGUUGCUUAUAUCAAGAAAUCAAAGAAACUUGAUUUUCUUGAUAUGGAUAUGCCCCAAAAUAUUGGAAGAAUGGAAGGUUGGUUAUAUACUAUUAGGUCCAACAGGUUUGGCUUACAGUUUUCUCGCAAGAGGUAUUUUAUUCUUGAAGAAAACUGCCUCAAAUGCUAUAAAACCAUACCCAUUUCUGAAGCUGAGGAGCCAGUUAGGAGUGCAACGGUUGACUCCUGCAUUCGUGUUACAGAUAAUGGAAGAGAGAGCAUUAAUAGAAAAGUCUUCUUCAUUUUCACACUUUACAGUACUUUGAAUCACAAUGAUCAACUUAAGUUAGGAGCAAGGAGUUCAGAAGAAGCAGCAGAAUGGAUUCGUUCCUUGCAGAAUGCCUUGACAAAGGAGUGCCCACAUCCGGCAAAGGAUUUUGUGGCCAUCUCUAAGAGGAAAUGGCCACCUAUUAGAUUAAGUGUUACAAAGAGGGUGGACUGUAAAAGAUUAAUAGAUUACUACUCAACCUUGCAUACUGAAGCAAUGACAUCUGAUGUUAUCGCUCCCUCUCCAUGGAAAAUUUUCGGUUGUCAGAAUGGACUCCGCCUUUUUAAAGAGGCAAAAGAUUGGGAUUCUAGUGGAGGGCACUGGGAUGAUCAUCCUGCAGUAAUGGCAGUUGGUGUUGUUGACGGGACUUCAGAGGCCAUUUUUCAGACUCUUAUGUCCCUCGGUCCCUUGAGAUCAGAAUGGGACUACUGUUUUUACCGGGGUAGCAUGGUUGAGCACCUAGAUGGUCAUACAGAUAUUAUUCACAAGCAAUUGUACAAUGAUUGGUUCCCCAGGGGUCUGAAGCGAAGAGAUUUAUUGCUGCGACGGUAUUGGAGAAGAGAUGAUGAUGGCACAUAUGUAAUUCUAUACCAAUCUGUGAUUCACAAGAAAUGUCCACCGCAAAAAGGUUACGUUCGAGCAUGCCUUAAAAGUGGAGGAUAUGUGAUUACUCCUCUGAAUCAAGGAACACGAUCACUCGUAAAGCACAUGCUCGCCGUCGAUUGGAAGUCCUGGAAAUUGUAUAUGCGCCCAUCAUCUGAAAGAUCCAUAACCAUCCGUAUGAUUGAAAGAGUAGCAGCAUUACGAGAGCUGUUCCGAGCCAAAGCAGGAAAUUAUUCUGACUUCAGGUCUGGAGAAAUUUCAAGACAAAUUAUGUUGCCCCAGAUUGAAAAAGUCGACAUGAAUGUGGAGGAUGAAACUCUGGAAAAGAUUGAGCAGGACCAUAAUUCAAUAGAAGAAGGGACAGGAAAACUCAGUAGAAGUUUAACUGGCCUGAACAAUGCCUCUGAUGAGUUCUUUGAUGUCCCUAAUGCCAACGAGAUGAUGGAUUGCGAUUCUGACAAUGAAUGGCCUUCCGAAGUGAGCUCGGGAGGGGAUUCACCGAGUACGGUUCCACUCAGAUUAUCAUCUGCUGCUGGCUUAGUGAAGAAGUUGCAUGACCUUGCAGUUCACAAGAAGAAUUACGUGGACUUGCAAGGUUUAACCGGUAAAGAUAGCACAGUAUGCUUCUACGGAGCCACUCUUCAAAAAGACCCAAGUUGUACUUUACCUUGCAGUUGGGCUGCUGCUGAUCCUUCUACAUUUUUGAUACGUGGAGAAAAUUAUUUGAGAGACCAUAAAAAGGUCAAGUCAAAAGGUACUUUGAUGCAAAUGGUUGGUGCAGAUUGGUUAAGAUCUAGCCACCGAGAAGAUGAUCUUGGUAGCCGCCCUGACAGUAUUGUUCAGAAGUAUGCAACCCAAGGUCGACCAGAAUUCUUCUUUAUUGUCAACAUACAGAUUCCAGGCUCUUCCAUGCAUACCUUGGCAAUGUAUUACAUGCUAAAAACUCCUCUAGAAGAUACACCAUUGCUACAAAAAUUUGUCAAUGGUGACGAUGCCUUCAGAAAUUCCAGAUUUAAGCUGAUACCUUAUAUAUCUAAGGGAUCUUGGAUAGUCAAGCAGAGUGUUGGUAAGAAGGCUUGCUUGGUGGGUCAAGCACUAGAAGUAAAUUAUUUUCGUGGGAAGACCUACCUAGAGCUUCAAAUAGAUGCUGGAUCUUCCACUAUUGCAAGGGGAGUGGUCAGUCUUGUUCUUGGAUACCUGAAUAAUUUGGUCAUGGAGAUGGCAUUUUUGAUACAGGGUGAAACGGAAGAGGAGCUCCCAGAAAUCCUACUUGGAACAUGUAGGCUUAAUCAUCUGGAUGCGUCUAAAUCAGUGUUGGUAUGACAAAGAUUUUGUAUUUCCAUAUGAGGCGCUGGAUGAAGAAGUCAGGGCAGAAUGAAGAACAUUAACCUUGCCUUUUUCACUGCUCUUAUUCUUUUCUAGGAUUACCUUUUCUUCCCCUUUCUUUUAAUCAUAAUUUUUGUAAAGUUAAUCAAUUCUUAAAUUUUUGGCCUAAUAUUCAUAUUAUACACCUUUUGAUUGCCAACUUGUACACAAGUUCGAUA